CAAUGUAAUACGUUGCUGCAUAUGCUUUAUUGACUUUAGGUGGAAAAGCAAAUCCUAGUAUGAUAAUUAGUUAAACUCUUAGGUGAGGCUGAUGUAAAGGGAUUAUUGGCUGAAGUUGGUGUUACAGGAUCAGAUGCAGAAAUCAAGUCAUUAGUGGAAGCUUUGAAAGGAAAGUCAUUAUAAGAAGUUAUAACAGAAGGAUUGAAGAAAGUAGGUACACUUUCUUUGGGAGGAGGAUGUAAGAAGAAGAAAUAUUAAUUAUUUUAGCAUCCCAAGCAUCAGCUCCAGUUGCUGCAUAAGCAUAAGCAGUUAAAAAGGUUGAAGAGAAGCCAGUUGAAAAGGCUCCAGAACCAGAAGAAGAUGUUGAUAUGGGUGGCUUAUUUGAUUGAU